GUUGAGCUUCUGACCAAAGGACACGCUCUUGGUUCCCAGAAGUGUGUUUUGGCAGAGAUGAGAAAGAAAGCUCUGUGCCGGCUGCAGUCGUAUUGGCUUCCUCAGUUCUUACACUGCUGUAAAUCCUGGCUGUGGCGUGUGCCUGAAUGUCAACCCAUUGUAGAGAAAUACACAGCUUUCUCCUUCCCUCCCGCUCCAUCUCCCUCCUCACGUAAGCGUGAGCGCCGCGAGACGAAUCCCACGCUGAGCCCUGCUGAAUCCUACUGCAGUAAACUCAGCAAACGGCUCCUGUGGAGUUCACGUGAGCCGAGCGCAGUCCGUUCUCAGUCGAGCAGCAUCUGCUUGUGGCUUCCAGCAGCCGGCCAGGAGCAUCCGCAGUGCUCAAACAUAGCGCAUCCUCCUCAGAGAAACGCACAAACCUCUGCCCAAGCUGUUGUCCGUCACACAUGCGCCCAAACCCCAGCGUGUCAGAUCCCCUGCCGCGUGAACGUUCGUACUCCACCGUCGGACGUCCUCAGCUAUCUCCAGCCGGCCCUGUCUGCAGAGGCUCUGGCUGCAAGCCCUUUCAGGUCUUAUCUGAGAGACCAAGACCUGGUGGAGAAGCAGCAGAUGCUGGAUCUCUUGGAGGAUCUGGACUUUUUCCUCCAGCUGGUUCUAAAGGCACAAGGAGAAGAUCCGGUCUGCUCACAGAGACAGGCGGCGGCUCGGCAGAUAAUAGAGAAGCACCUGAAAGAGAACAUGCCCUGCUGUGAACGACUGGAUUCAAACACCAGCCAGCAUCUGCGCUCUCUUUUACCCAGCAGUGCCGCUGUCCCGUGGAUUUACAGGGCGAAAUAUGAAAUAUGCAAGGAGCUACAAGAUGUUUACGACUCAUUUCUAGAUGCGGAAGAUAAAGCCCUAGUGUCUCACCUGUUUCAGGGCUCCCGCGGCGAGGACACUGAAGAAGAGCUGCUGUUCUGUGGUUUUGAGACAGAAACAGAAGCUCACUUCACUCAGACGGAGGCGUUGGUGUUGUGCGGAGGAUGCUGUAGUCGUCUCGAGCCUGACGCUCUGUCUCAGGACAGCUGGGCUUUAGUGGGCCUGCAGGACCCGCAGGGAGGAGGAUCACUGCUGCACAAGUACAACACCGACGCUUCUGAAGAGUCAUCGAGCGCAGCGGAGAGCGAUGUUACAACACCCCUCGUUCAAGAUGUGCCCGAAUCUAAAGCAAAGUGUUCUAAUAAUCUCCAGAUGAAAACCUUAAAAAAGGACAGCGUUGUUUUCGAAAAGCCUUCUACAAAACCCAGGUCAUUUGAAGAGGUCCUCGCAUCAUCUCAGUACGCCGGUCACUUCAGACGGUUUCUGCAGGAGCACAGCGCGGACGGAGCGCUGCUCUUCCUUCAGGAAGCUGAAUCUCUGCGCACCCUCGAACCCAAGCGACAAAAGGCCAAAAUCCGUGCCAUUGUAGACAAAUUCUUUCGCCGACAAGAUGCCAAGAUUCAAACUGACAGUACUGACAGUAAAAUAUUUAUUAAAGAAAGAAAACGAAAUGAUGAAACGACGCUGUUCUGCUUGUGCAUGCCCCCCUGUGGCUGUCUGUCUCCCCCUGCAGUGGAGUACCUGCAGUGCAGCGCUGACAUCAUCAGCAGUGUGCCAAAGAUGGACACGCUUCCUCCGGAGGUCAUCUUCACCGUUCAGCACCUGGUUGCCAAGACCCUGGAGACCACGUGGUUCAAACAAUAUCAGGAAGCAUUUUACUCUUGUUCCCCCGUAUCCUCUGAGUCGAAUCUGAGACGUCCGCUGCUGCUGCACAAACUGAAAACGAAUGCUUGGACGGCUUUCAGCACAUUCAUCCGCAGCGUGACCAAGUUUCUGUCUGCCCUGGAGGACCGCGACUUCAGGACUGAGUUUGAAGACUAUCUGAUACACGACUACAAGCACUUCUCACAGCCUUGUUGCGUCCGCUCCAAAGCCCAGCAGUCUUCUGAUAUCAGCAGCGACGGAGAGAAGUUUAAACCCAAGAUGCGAAGCGUCAAAAACAAAAUGGUUGUAGCAGACUUCUUGGUCAACGACCUUUCCUUCUACAUGGAGUGUGAGAGGUUCAGGCAUUUGGCGGACGCAGGUGAUAUAAUGGCAUCGGAGGGCAUGUACAGUGAGAAUGAUUACGCCACGCUUCACCAGAAGGCUGAGCUGAUCAUCAGUGUAUUUCUUCACUCAAAUCUCUCUCCAAAGCUCAUGAUCAACACUAGUGAGGCUCAGAAAGACAGCAUACUGCAGCGCUUUGCCUCGAGGAAGGUGGACCGAACUCUCUUCUAUCCCGCUAUGAUGGAAGUGUUUCCGGUUCUCGUCUUCUGCUGGAAAAAGUUUUGUUGUCUGAAGGUGAUGAAGCGUCUGUAUCCCGCCCAAGCACCGAGGAAACAGAAAGCGUCCUCGCUCCUCCAGGAACAACAUCCUUUAAACGUCCUGCGGGAGAUAAAGACGGUCAGAUCCAGUGAAGGUAAGAUCAUCCUGUACUAAACCAUGAGCGGUCGUUAGCGGUGUUUGAACGGUUUAACCCCUUCACCGAUGUGUCUGAGUAGUUAAAGAUGCCGUCCUGCGCUUCUCGACCCAGCACGGCCUGGUUCUGCUGCUGCCACAGACUCCACAGAACCCCGCUGCUUCCCAGCAGCCCUCGGCCCGAUGAACCACAUUAAACAGCUUCACUUCACGCUUGUGUGCGUAUUUUCAUCAGGCUUAAAUUAAGUUAAAAUGUCCCCUCAGGCCAUCCAAGAUGUGGGUGAGUUUGUUUCUUCGUUCGGAUUUAGAGGAAUGUUCAGCAGUGGAUGCUCUGCAGCGAAUGGGUGCCGCGAGAGUCUGUUUGUUUCUAAGAAGCAAUUCCGUCUUUAGGAAGUUUAUGAACUUCAAACUGUUGCCAUCAGGUGAAAUAUAGUCCGUGAUCCAUAAUAAAACAGUCAUCUGGUGUGAAUCAAGAGAGAAAUCUGCACACUUUGAAGCGAUAGACAACAAAAGACAGACUUUGUCACUGGAGAAGUGUUAUUAUGGAUUAUGUACUCGUAAUUCAGAAGAAAGCAAACGUCUUAUUGAUGGAUUUGUUUCGUACAAACACAGCUUUUCUCUUCACAAGAUGUUCACUGACGGACUGGAAUGCUGUGGAUUAUUGUGAUGCUUUUAUCAGCUGUUUUGACUCUCAUCCUGACGGCACCCAUUCACUGCGGAGCCUCCAUCGACGAGCAAGUGAUGGAAUGCAACAAAAUUCUUCAAAUAUGAUUA